UAUUUCAGCACAACCAAGUAUUGUGUAUUUGCAUCCGAUUAUAAACCUUGCUUCGACAAAGUGCAACGCUUGUGGAACGCAAGAAUCUUAUUCAAUUCGAGGUUGUUUGGGGUAGAUGGAUAUGAUUGGUUGUGAAGCGUGCUCUACAACUCCAUCACAAAGGUAUAUAUAUCUGCAACCACAAUAUGAAAUGAAGUUGUUAAGAGAUUAAUCUAGAGUUACCAAGGCUYCUCAAUUCGAGAACAGUGUGCUUCAGCAUAAAAGGGCACUGACAUUCUCUUUGGCCUACUUUUUUGUUUACUCGUCAAAGCCGAAGCAUCGACCACGAUCAUUUCAKWAGACCUUCAGCACUGAGUAUCAUUCRGGAUUUACACAAAAAUGCCUAAAGCUUUUCUGCUAAAGAGAAAUUUCGGCGAAGCGGAUACGUUCGAGUGGUCUACUCCAGUAAGUGCUAGAAAAGCGAACUGCGAAAUCGAUUAUGAUGAGACCAAGAAACCCUUCAUUGUGGAUGCAGAGACCAAAGGCAAAGUCCUGAAAGACUUUGUACAAGGAGUGGAGAGUUUUCAAAACGGGGAAAGAUUCUCAUAUCCUGCAGAUGUAUGUGUUGGCGUCGCGCUCAACACUACCGCAAAAAGCAGCUUAUCCGGUUCGUCAACUGAUUUCAUAAAUAAUAAAAAGAAUUUGUCUGGCGGAGGAAAACCCGCAUUAAAUGGCUCCAGCUCUCGGUCGAAAAAUGAUUCAAGRAAAAGACGCUACCACGACGACGAAGACGAGUACUCGGACAGCAGUGUGCAUUUUUCAAGUGGCGAGGAUUACGAUGGCCCCACGUCAGGAAAUUGCAUCGGGAUAAACAAARGMAAAGCCAAGGGCAAUUCCUCUAGAAAAGAAAGAGCCAAUAGUAAGACAAUUCAUCGCUGUGAGCAAUGUGGCAAGAUCUUCAAGACCAAGUACACACUAUCGAUUCACCUCAAAAUGCCCGAUCACACAGAAAGCAGGCCAUUUGUCUGUAAUAUCUGCGGAAAGGGAUUCCGUCUGUCUAGUACGUUGUGCCGGCACAAAAUCAUCCACACACAGAAGAAACCACACAAGUGCGACAUUUGCAAUAAAWSCUUCAACAGAUCUUCCACACUAAAGACCCAUAUCCGAACUCACAGUGACAAUAAAGCUUUUAUUUGCGAUAUAUGCGGAAAAGGGUUUCAUCAGAAAGGGAAUCUUAGGAAUCAUAUCAUGAUUCAUACUGGAGAAAAACCAUUUAAGUGCACCAAGUGCCAGCGAGCUUUCAACAAAAUGUCCAACCUGAAAUUUCACAUGCAUACCCACACAGAUAAUCUUCCGUAUCAAUGCAAGAUCUGCCGGCAGAGAUUUGCUAAGAAAUUUGAACUCAAACAGCAUAACGAAGACCUGCACUCUUGAAGUUCAGAACACCUUUAGAAGAAUCUUCGAACAUUGACGCGUAAUCAGGGAUGACAGUGGUUCACUUUUACCACAGGAAACUGUGAAGUCCUUUGAGCAAUCACUUUCAAUGUUUGAAUUUUAUAGUUUGAACUAAUGGAGCACAAUGAAGACCUACAUCCCGGACUAAAAAAAGACUUUAGACACUGCCGUAAAAUCGGUGAAAGAAGCACCACUCUUUUUCCUUUGGAAAGACUCACUUGGAAAUUCUUCGUUUGYCUUGUUGAAUUUUCCAAAGACUUUAUUUCUUAAGAAAUGACCGAAUACUCACUGAGCGUGUUUACUGUCUUCUAUAAUCGCUUACACUUUGCUUUACAGGUCGUUAUUAAUGUCUGUGUAAACACAUCGAGAACACUAGAAUAGACUAUUGUUUGAUUUGGAUGUGUGGCUAAGAACGAAUGGUCUUCUUAUCUACUUAUCGUAUGGGCUAAUAGAAUAUAAUUCAUCAAAUUCACGUUCGAAUUUUGAGCCAUUUUGGCAAUAUACUUUCAUUUCUUUUAAAGGAAAAUUUCUCCCUGAGACAUUCAUCAGGAAAACGAUGUCUUUUUUUAAGAAUUUUAGAUAAAAAGACAAGAAGAGAAUCUAUCGUUAUAUUUUUAAAUUUGGAAUUUUUUUUUUGUUUAUCAUUGUUAGUUUAUGCUCGAGGGUAAAUCUCGCAAGGGGAGAUUGAACGAGUUGUUGGUGUUUCUUGUUUUGUAUAAAUUGUCCUUUUUGAUCAUAUAUUGGUUAAAUUAUUCUGACUUGUAAAUGUGAGGGAAAAAAGUCCAAUUUACCAGCUUUGAAAAUGAAUUUUUGGCACAUUUUGCAUGAAGAUAAUUUGUAUUUUUUGAAAAAUGAAAAUGCAUGAAAAGCUCGUCUUUAAUAAUUAAUUWAACAAUCAUAUCAAAUCCAAAAAGCUAUCAUCGAAAUAAACGAGGCUGGAUAUCUUUCAAUUUCUGCACUGCUCUGUCUAAUUUAGCCCGAACUUUUAAACUAUAUAUAUAUUAACGGACUUGUAUAAGACUUUCACUACAAUUUGAGUGAUAAUUUAUAACUGUUCCUUUAUGUUCACAAUUGUACAUUUGAUAAAACAUUGCAAUGGCUCAAUAAAUAUACAGGUUGUGUGA